CGUCGUGAUAUCUAAUUCAUUUUUCAUUUAUCGAAUCUAUAUUUAAUUCGUGUUCUAUAGAAACAAAAUUAAAUUAGUUAAGCUUAAGAAAUUAGCAAGAUGUGUAACAUAUAAGAAAAGAAAAUUCACAGUAAACUUUUUUCGUGAUAAACAAAUUUCAAAUUGUUUCUGAAUGUUUCAAAUAAACAUAAACUUUUCUGUUAGUGUAAAUAACAUUUAAUUUAAAAAUCCAGUAAAUGUUAUUUUUUAUUAGAUUUAACACAUUUAUGACAAGAUGUGAUUUCAAUCAUACUUUAGUUUGUUAAAUAGCGAGAAAGGAAUUAAAUAUGAAAAUUAUGUUGCUAAUUAUAAAAACUUCACAAAUUUUGUCAAAUGUAUGUUAUUAAAAUCGACAUAGGUUUACUCUGAAGAAAAAGUUAGUUAAAAUAAUAAUUAUCGUAAUGAACGAUAUUAUUACAAAACUCAUUUACAUCUAACUUCGAAAUCCUAAUGCAAUAUAUAUAGCAUAGUAUGAACUUGUUCUAUUACAUCAGUAAUACAUAAAUAAUUAAAUGCUUAUAAGAAAGUCAUAUAAUCAGAAUAUACAUAACGUAUAACAGAAGUACAAUGUAAAUUGGCUUUUUAUAUUUUAUUGUAUAAACAUAUUUCAUACACAUUUAAUACAUAUUUCCUAAAUAGAAUCUUUAUUGCAUUGAUAUAAAGAUUUAAUCUAACUAACGGAAUAAUUUUGUUAAUUAUUUAGAUUUAUCUUAAGCAACGAAUUACAUUUUUGAAAUGUACAUAUUGUAUGGCAGGUAUUAUACGUCAAUAUAAUAUUAAUUAUACGAAAAACCAUGGAGUUAUUAAUAUGAUAAGACUACAUAUAUGUAUAUAUAGUACAUGUUUUAUAUUCAUCGCCUACUUGACUUAAUUGUUUUUGUAAGUUGAAGGUUCUAUAAUAUGGUUUUACAAGCAAAAUAUCUUGUAAUAUUUAUACACAACAAAAUUACUUCAGACAUUCUUACAGCAAUCAAGUAACUUUUUAAAUGAACGUAUUAAAUGUAUUCAUUUAUGUAUAUCUGUAAAGAAAGUUUCAAAAUUAAUAAUUUACAAAAUGACAAGAAUUUUGUCAUUGACGAAAUUCGCUCAAAGAAUAGAAGGAACGCUUUUGGCUCGAACAUCUAUUCUGAAACAGUGGACUGUUCAACAAACUCGACACUUGCAAGUUCAUGAACAUAUCGCAUAUAGUUUAUUAAAAGAAGCUGGAAUUCCGACACCACCAUUUGGAGUGGCCAAGACUCCAGAUGAAGCAGCAAAAAUAGCCGCAGAUUUAAAAACAAAAGACAUUGUUUUAAAAGCUCAAGUUCUUGCGGGUGGUCGUGGUAUAGGACACUUCAAAGGCACUAACGUCCAUGGAGUUGUUAUGUGUGAAACCCCUGAACAAGCAAAAACUAUUAGUAGCAACAUGAUAGGUAAAUUGUUAGUAACAAAACAAACUGGUGCAGCUGGAAAAAUUUGUAAUUCGGUAAUGGUAACAACUCGUAUGUUUCCACGUAAAGAAUAUUAUAUGUCAGUAAUGAUGGAGACUUCUUUUGAUGGACCUGUUAUAAUCGUAUCUAAACAAGGUGGUGUUAAUAUCGAAGAUAUUGCUGCAAAAAAUCCUGAAGCUAUAUCAUAUGUACCGAUUAAUAUAAUGGAAGGUUUAACACCUGAACAAGUAAAAACCAUUGUGGGUAAAUUGGGAAUAGAAGAUGAAGGCAAAAAAAUUACCUCACAAAUUAUUUGUAAUCUUUAUGAAUUGUUCAUUGAGAAAGAAGCUUUGCUACUUGAAAUUAAUCCAUUUGCUUUAGACAUCUGUGGAGAAUAUUAUGCUCUAGAUUGUAAAUGUUCUUUUGAUGAUAGUUCUGCAUUCAGGCAGAAAGAUCUGUUUGCUCUACAGGAUUUUUCACAAAUGAAUCCUAAUGAAGUUCAAGCAGAAAAAUUUAAUUUGAACUAUAUAGCUUUGGAUGGAAAUAUAGGCUGUAUGGUAAAUGGAGCUGGAUUAGCAAUGGCUACUAUGGAUAUUAUAAAAUUGUAUGGUGGUAUGCCAGCCAAUUUUUUAGACGUAGGUGGUACUGCUACUACAGAAACUGUGAAAGAAGCAUUUAAAAUAAUAGUCUCUGAUCCAAAGGUAGAAGCGAUUUUAGUAAAUAUAUUUGGUGGUAUUAUGAGAUGUGAUAUAAUAGCUGAGGGAAUUAUUACUGCAUCUAAAGAAUUAAAUUUAACUGUUCCAAUAGUCGUAAGAUUACAGGGAACUAAUGUAGAACAAGCAAGAACUUUGAUUCAACAGGCACAAUUGAAAGUUAUUGCCGUGGAUGAUUUUGCCAUGGCAGCUGAAGCAGCUGUAAAAUUAGCAUUCAUGGUAAAAGCAGCAAAUUCAUUAGAUAUGGAUAUUGUCGUCAAACCUAAAGUAAAGGCUGAUAAAACAUCAAAAUGAUUUUUAAAAAUGGGAUUCAAAUAACAUUAAUUAAUCAGUAUUUCAAAAUAUAAUCUGUUUGUACUUUUAAAUCUGAUUUUACAUUAGUUAUACAAAUAACUUUAAACAAAAUGUCAGAAAAUGUAUACAAUGACUGUCUUUUAUACU